AAAAAAAAAACAUUUAAAAAAUUUAAUUUCCGAUUUUAACCGCUUGGCGGAGAUUUGUAAGAAUCGCGGUUAUUUGGAAACGGAUUAAUUUUGUUUGCAUUUGGUUUUGUUUUUUUAUGAGCGAUUUGUAAAACCACUUACAGAAUAGUUGAAGUAUAAACUUUUAGUGGAAAAAUGAAGAAAUGCGAUAGUCCUGUCAAAUUGCUUUCAGAUUCAGUUGGAAUCUUGUCCACACAGAGUGAAUCUUGUACCGAGACGAGCGGCGGUCCAUUUAAUCAUCCAGUUUAUAAACAGUUGUCUCAUAUUAAUGGACAAAUUAACAAAAUGUCUAGGGACCAGUUGAUAAACAAACUGGAACAAUUUCAUCUUGGAAUUCAAGGCACAAAUGAAAUUUUAAAAAAGAGACUUAAAACAUUUUUUAAAGAGCAAAAACUGAUGCAGGCACAAAUUUUGAAAAGUGAUGAAUGCGAAUGUCCGUACAAAUAUUUCUGUGUGAUCGACUUUGAAGCCACUUGUGACGGAAAUGCCGAAUAUCAGCACGAAAUAAUUGAAUUUCCAGCUGUUUUGAUUGAUACUAAAGAGAGAAAAGUUAUAUCUACAUUUCACGAAUAUUGUCGACCCACGUUGAACCCACUGCUAACUGAAUUUUGUAAAUUGUUAACAAAAAUAUCACAGGAAACAAUUGAUUGUGCUGAAACUUUUACUGUUGUUCUGAAUAAUUUUACUAAAUGGUUAUAUCAUCAUUGUCCUAAUUUUGAAGAUGUUGCAGUGGUUACCGAUGGAUCCUAUGAUAUGGGACUUUUCUUACUUAAACAAUGUGAAAUCAGCAGUAUUCCAAUACCUGAAUUUUGUAAAAAGUGGAUUAAUGUGCGUAAAUUGUAUAGUAACUUCUACAAAACAACUAGAGUAAGUAUCUGUUUUAAUAGUCAAGCUGUACCUGAAAAAUAUAGAUUGUUAACAUUGUUAACAAUUUUUUUCAUGAUCCAGGAAACAAUUGAUUGUGCUGAAACUUUUACUGUUGUUCUGAAUAAUUUUACUAAAUGGUUAUAUCAUCAUUGUCCUAAUUUUGAAGAUGUUGCAGUGGUUACCGAUGGAUCCUAUGAUAUGGGACUUUUCUUACUUAAACAAUGUGAAAUCAGCAGUAUUCCAAUACCUGAAUUUUGUAAAAAGUGGAUUAAUGUGCGUAAAUUGUAUAGUAACUUCUACAAAACAACUAGAUGUAAUCUAGAAACCAUGCUGAAAAUCCUUGGUAUGACAUUUGAAGGACAACAUCACUGUGGCCGAGACGACGCUCUUAAUAUUUCUAAGAUCGUAAUACAGAUGUUACAAGAUGGAGCAAAAUUUGUUCCAAAUGAGCAGCUCUUAUGGAAAAGUUUACCAAGUAAAACAUCAAAUUCAGGAUGUUACGUUGGAAGUGGGCCUAUUGCGGGAACACAGAGAAAUGUUUCUUCGAGUAAUUCCUGUGAACUCGAGACAACCGAAUUGAUACAGAUCAAUGAUAAACCAUUGAAUGAAAAUUCUUACAAAUCAAGUGAUAUGGUAGAGUCGGUGACAAUCGACGAAAAUACCAAAGCAGAGGAACAGUCAAAUAAUGACAUUUUAGUAACUGAAAAAAAUGAAAUGUAUAAUAAAACUGAAUCAGUCAAAGUAAUUAGUGAAGCAAAUACCGACGAAAAGGAGUCCGUGGACAAAAAUAAAUGUGUCGAAUCGACUUCAUUUCACAUAAAGAUCGAAACGCUCACUACCGAUUGUUUGAAAAACAGUAAAGUAGAUAUUGAAAAUCAACUCUGUAGUUUUGAUCGAAUAUUAACUUCUGAGCUGCAAAAUUCUUCUGUUGAUGACAAACUUGCAGAAGAGUCAAACAACGAAACUUGUGCUAAAUCUGAUCGAGCAUUGCUAGAAAUAUUUUCUUCUGAAAAAGAUUUGGUGAUGGAGGAUUCAAAGAAAAAUCUUGGAAACAUCAUCAAUAAUGAAAUAAGUAGUAUAACAAAUCCAAAUAAAGAAGAGUUUGAAGGUAAAAGUUGCGAGUCAGAAAUCUGUACACGACAACAACUUUCCGAAAGUACAAAAGCAGAGCAUCCCGAAAAAUCAAAGUUAAUCUUCACAAAAGAACAUAAAAAAAAAUCAAUACAAGCACCUCAGGAACAUUUACAUUGUUUGGGUGAUAAGUGGGAUGCCAUAGAGAAGGAAUUAAAAGGCCCAAAGGUGGAGAAUGUGUAUCAAAGUUAAAUAGAUUUCCAUAAAAGAGUUUCUUUCACAAUAAUUCACAUCUUUAUCAAAAUAAUGACUGAUGUGAAUUAUUUUAAAAAUAACAAAUUCAAUCAGUUGCAAGAUAUUUGAAUAAGCGAAACUUUUAAAAUGUCUGCUUGUUUCUGAAUUUUUAUUCUGGUAAGCAGGAUUGUUAUUUUCAUUUUUCCAAUAUUCCAUCAUUUUGCUGGUCCAGCUUGAGUAACUUUUGUUGUUCCUUAUUGUUCUAAGCCUGUCAUUCUUACUAUGUACUCUGGUGAGCAGAAAAUUAGCAUUGAAGACAAUGUAAGCACCAUUUUUGAGAAUUUGUUUCAAACAGUUCGGUACCUAGUUUAUGCGAAAUUGUAUCAUUUUCCAAAACAUUUUCGCUUACAUAACUGUAUAAAUAUUUUUCUACUCACACAACAAAAUUUUUCGUUGAUGUGUAAACAAAUUACAUAUAAUUGAACAGAAAGACAAAUUUGAUAAAAUAUUUAUUAUAUUAUCAAAAACUGUAUUUUAUAAAUUAUCCAGUCUAAAAAUUAUCAUUACCAUUGUUUAUUCUUUCAUUCUGUUUUUAAUUCUCUUUAUUAUUAAGGAAUUGUCGAAUUAUAACAUA